AAUACAAUGUAUUGUAAUGUAGAGCUUGAUGCGAUCGUCUUGAUCAGUCAUAUUAAAGUUGACAGGUGGAAGACAUGAGAAAGUCAUUUCAAGGAAUUUUGAUUUGUCUAAUUUCUGGCAAAUUAUGAAUUAUUUGCUUUAAAUCAAAUUGAUUAGGUCAGAAAUUUACUGAAUCUUCUAAUGAUUGCUAUUAAAUUUAUAAACUUCACUUUACUCUCCCGAGAUGGCGCCUUGAACAGGAUUACUAUUUACCAGUAUCCAAUGGAAACUUAGCAAGUCGCAUGCCUUGAGCCUGUGAAAGUCUCUAUUGGAUUAUGGAAUAUGAAAAUUGUUUUCUUUUAUUUUGAAAUUUUUAAUGUGAUUAAGCUGAUUUUUAUCUCUGUGUUUAUGUCAGCUGGUUAAUUUACUGUUAAUUUAAUGUCACUUUUGUAUUUUAUUCCAUUAACAUUACGCGUACAUCAAUCUUAACUGUAUUUUGGUUUGAAUUUAUUUGUUUAUUUACGUCAAUUGGUGAUAACUUGUUACUUUUCAACUCUUUAGAGAUUGAAAUUUUUCUUCAUCGGCACCAUUAUGUUCAAUCCCGCCAACUCUUUGAAUUACCAGAACCCUUCAGAUAUUUUCAAGAAACCUUUAACAUUGGUACUCUAUAAGCCUGAAAAAUGGUCUGAGGAAACUCUUAUCAACACAAUUGAUUGUAUGAUUCUAAUGUUACAAAAAGGCUUGGUUAAAUCGCUAGAUGAUUUAUUUGAGCUCUAUGCAGUGCUGUUCAAUUUAAUUGACAUCGAAACUAAUAGUUAUCGAGGUGAAUGCAAAGUUAGUGAGGAUCUUAAACUUCAUGUGGUUCAUUGUGUCAAAGUUAUUGUGGAUUAUCUUGAAGAAAACUUGGUUACUGAAUUCUUAACCAAGCCCGCUCUUUUUCCAAUUCUGGGACACUCAAUUCAUGUGUUAUUGAACAUAAGUUUAAAGGAAAAGUACAAAGAGCUACAGAUGACUUCAAUGGCUUGCUUAAACUGUUUAAUUAAAAAGAUUGACUGUCUUGAGCGCCCUAACAAAGUAGGACCUGCAUCAGCUGAUGUAUUAGCUUCAUUUUUGCCUGGUAUUUCAAUUGCUGUGAUGAAAAUAGUGCUAAGUGAUGACAAGCUUCCACAAAAACUGUAUAUUGAUUGCCUCAAAACUUUGGAAACAACAAUUAAAGCUAUCUUGUCAAAACCAUUAUCUCAAAACUCUACCUUUGAUGGUAAACGUCCAGCUUUUGUGAUCGAAAGGACGAAAGAUUGGCUUCAAAGUAGUUGCUCUAAAUUGGAAAUAAUUUUUGAUAAAAUUAUCAAAGCACUAUUGAUUAAACAAUCUACGUUAAUAAAAAUGCAGCUAUUAAGAUUCAGUCAGGAGAUGGUUUACAUUCUCGCUGAAAUAGAUGUGAAAGACGAAAUCAUUAUAACUUUAUUAGAAGUUUCAUUCGUUAUUGUUUCGGAUAAGGAUAAAGAUUUACAAGAAUCAGCUCAACUUUGGCUGCAAGACUUUGGAAAUGAAAUUCUGAUUCACAAACCAUCAUUAAGAGAUUCUCUAUUUGAAAAAUUUUAUCAACUUUUAACAACAAUCACUCGUGAAUUACAGUGCAUCAGUGAAGAUCAAAAGAUUUCCAAAUUUAAAAUGAUCGAAGGUUACUUCAUAUGCUUAGGACCUCAAGGAUUAACAACAUUCCUUUCAUCGCAAUCGUGCCAAAAUCGCCUUUUUACUAGUUUAAUCGAUUGUGCAGCUCUGGAUGAAAAGCGUUCCACACAUGGUUAUAAAUUAAUAGAGAUGCUCGACCUAGAAAAAAUCGAAUCAAAGAAUCCCGCCUGCAACUACCCAGACAAAAGCUUUAAGCACUUCGAAGAUUCAGAGAUUCAAAUUUGUUUUGAAAGGAUUUGUGCCUUGCUCGGUCAAUAUUUAAACAGUUUCGGGUUGAUUGAUUACUUCAGCAAUAUUCUUGCAAAUGGGUCCAAAGAUCCAACCAUAAUAUAUGUUUGCAAUUAUACUCUACAUGGUCUUCAGAAUGUGGAUAUUUUAGAAAGUCUCUUCAAUGAGUAUAUCAAUCAGUUAUCACAAUUGACAGAAUAUUCAACUGCUCGUUCAACUUUAGCUGUGUCUCUUUUGUUGGAAGGUAUCUCAGUUUUCGCCGAAAAGUAUGGAUCAUCUAAACAAUACGUUAUCCUUUUAAAUUCAUUAUAUUUGAUAUUGGCUAACACCGGAUCUGACAAGGUUAUAAUCAGUGAUUCAGCCUUUACCACACUCCAACGAUUGACUCGUACCUUUUCUUACAAAUCAAUCAAAGAUCUGAUUUCUGAGAAUAUUGAUUACAUUCUCAACUACUUUAAUGUUAAACUGAAAAAUUUUGAAUUCAAUCGACAAGUUUGUCCCGUUUUCCAUGCCAUACUCAAUUUUACAGGAUUGGGAAUUCUACCUUACUUGGAAUUCACUAUUGACCAUGUUCUCUCUAGUUUAGACAUUUAUUAUAAUCUAAAGUGUGAUGUGCUUGUUGAUCUACUCAAAAUUUUAAUAAGCUUCAUUGGUAAGGAUAUUUCCCAGACUGAUUAUAUGAUGGAUUCAUCUUUAAAUUACCAAUCUAAUGAAAUAAAUAGAAAAGAAAAUUUCAUUAAACAAUUACAAGAAUUUCUCGAGGCCCGAAAAAUAGUCAACUCUCUUGAAAUUGAAGAUGAUCAAGAAAGCUUACCGAAUAAUUCCAAUGAGGCUAAUGAAGACGACGAUGAUGAUGGAAAGGAUGAAAAGAAACAAUUACCAGUUGAAAUCAGCACAACUAUAAAGAUUCUUGAGAGAUGCUGUCAUCUUCUUUCCAACCCAUCAUUAGACAUUCAAAUUAUUACAAUGGAGAUAAUCAUGAAAGGUUUACGUAUAUUGAAACCAUGGGAAGAUGAAAUUCUUCCCUUGGCACAUAAACUGUGGACUCCUAUUUUGAAACGGUUCAAUACAGGAAAUUUAGUUCUGUUAACAAAGUGUUAUCAUUGUUUAAUUGUGAUGAGCCAAUGUUGUGGAGACUUUUUAAAAUCACGGACUUUGGAACAAGUAAUACCACGUUUAAUAUCAUUCCUGCGGUCUCAGUAUAGUAAAAGUUUUCUUAAAACUGACUCAUCACCUUAUAAGUACACACUUGAAUAUAAGCUUCAAUGUGAAGUAUUAAGAACCAUUGGACUCCUAUGUGAUUAUCUUAAAAUUGAAAGCCUAUCUCUAUGGCCUGUUAUCGAAGCUGUUAUUCCCUAUUUAAGUAACAAACAGCCAAGAAGUUUGCAACAGGAGGCUUUAAAAUCAUGCAAAAUUCUGAUAUUCUUGGACCCAUUUGCUUUUCACAGUUAUUUGCAGAAAAUGAUGGAAACGAAAGAAGACAAUGAGAGGAAAAACUAUCAAACUAAUUUAAAAAUUUUAUUCGAUAUCCGGUUAUGAUGAAAGCCAUUUACAUGGAUCAUUGUUUGAGGAUCAAACUGAAUGUAAAACCAGUUAAUCAAAGAAAGCUUCCUUUAAAGUUCAAGAUUGUACAGAUAAUGCAGGUUCGCGCGGCGGAGCUGAACUAUCAGAUGCAGCUCCCUUUCGAUCUGAACUUUGAGCUUUGUCAUCCUUAUUAUUUUGACCACGAGCUCCCCGAGGUGGACCCCGUCUUCCUCGACCCAUUCUUCGAGCGCGGUAGCCGGUACCUCCUGCUGAUUGUUGACGUCUUUGACGGCGAGGUCUUUGUUCACGAUUUUCCUGAGCAUUAACCGCAUUGUCAUUUCCACUAGCAUCACCAUCGGCACCACUUUGGCUUCCUUCGGUGUCGCUACGAGGCCUUCUAGGUCUUCUACUCCAAAAUCUUCUUGCAAACCGUUUAGGACGUCUUCGAGGAGCGUCUUGUCCACCUUGUGGUCUUUCACUUCCACCAAAAUUAUUGUCAUUGUUUUCGUGUCUUUCCUCGUUGUUAUUUAAAUUAUCAUUGUUGUUAA